CGCGCAUGCGCAGUGAAGAGGAGCGCUGUCCAGUCCUGAAGCGUGUUGUGCAGAUGGAGGGCAGCAAGUCUCAGUGUAAUGGCCUCUCGGAGCCACGUUCAGUCUUUCUGAGGUCAGAGACUCAUGGACAGCAGCUCAUCUCUGUUCUCCAGACCUUUAGACAAAGAGAGAUGCUGUUUGACUUCAACAUCCGCGUGCAAGAUGAAACUCUUUCAUGCCAUCGCUGCGUUCUUGCCGCUUGCAGUGACUUCUUCAGGGCCAUGUUUCAGCUGGAUAUGCGGGAGCGUGAUGAUGGUACAGUGACCCUCAGUAACCUGCCGGCAUGCGCUGUUCACACCUUCCUUGACUUUGCCUAUUCCGGUGAGAUAGAAAUCAGAGAAGAUAAUGUGGACAUGAUGUUUCAACUGGCCUCUUUCCUGCAGGUUGGUUUUCUCUUGCGCGCAUGCAGUGAUUUUCUGGUCCAAAGCCUCGACCUCUCCAACUGUCUGCACCUGUUAGUGGUCGCCGAGGGUUAUGGCUCAUCGCGCCUCCUGCGCCGCGCCACUGAGUUUGUCACGCAGAACUUUCACAACCUGUCCUCCACAGCAGACAUCCUAGAGAUGCCAGUGCGGGUCUUGAGAAGUUGCCUGGCGUCUGAUGACCUCAAUGUCCCAGAUGAGGAAAGCGCGUUGAACGCUGUACUCCAGUGGACCCAACAUGACCGGCAGACACGUAAGAGUUUGCUGGUGGAGCUCCUGUCACAGGUCCGUCUGCAGCAGCUCCCUCACGCUGUCCUGGAGCAGACCGCUCAAUCAGAACUCCUGUCGUCCGCUGACGAACGCUGUUGUAGAGCAGUUAGAGAGGCUCUGGUGCAGGUUCAAGAGUUUAGCGGGUUGUUCCCGAACGCUCGGCCUUCCACCACUUCCAGCUACAUUUACGUCCAUAAAACAGAGGAAAGCGGAGAGAUGUGUCACGCUUUCUGCUAUGACAUCGGUGGGGACCGAUGGACUGAACUGCCGCGGAAUGCCGCGCGUCUCUCAGAUUUGCCCGGUUCAGCCCUCACCAGUUUUGCUGAGAAACUUUUUGUUAGUGGUGGAUGUCGCGGCAGUUGUCAUCGUACCGUGCGUCUGCACAUCGCAGAAUCUUACCACGAUGCGACAGAUGAAGUCUGGUGCUACUGUCCUGUGUCAAACACCUUGACACCGGCUCCACCCAUGCAACGCUCGCGCACCAUGCACACCUCCGUUAGUGCCCUGCAACGCAUCUACGUCAUUGGCGGGAAAACCUGCGGCCCCAGAAGUACUUGUAGUCUUCUGGAUGUGGAAUACUUAGAUCCCCUGAAACGCGAGUGGAAGACCGUCAGCCCUUUGCCCAAAGGGAUCUACUUUCCUGAAGCGAGCACUUGCGGGAGCGUUAUUUACACCCUCGGCUCUGAGGUGGAAAUUUCGGAGGCCUUUAAUCCGUCACUGGACUGCUUUUUCCGUUACGAUGCGGUGUUGGAUCAGUGGUGCCAACUAGUGGCUGAGUUUGGUCAAUUCUUUCAUGCUACGCUCGUGAAGUCUGUUUCCAUUAAUGAGACGCUCUACCUUUGUGACCUGUCGACAUAUAAAGUGUACAGCUUUUGCCCAGACACGUGCGUGUGGAAAGGGGAGGGCUCGUUCGAGUGUGCCGGUUUUAAUGCGGGUGCCAUCGGUGUGCGGGGUAAGAUCUACAUCCUGGGUGGAGAUUAUUCACCUGAUGAGAUCACAGAUGAAGUUCAGGUGUAUCACAGCGGACGCUCAGAGUGGCAGGAGGUGGCACCGAUGCCACGUGCCCUGACCGAGUUCCACUGUCAGGUGUUGAGCUUUAACCGCUACAGAGACCCGUGGAGAACAACAGAAUCUACUAAAACUGAGAGAGAUUAAAUACACAUAUAUCAUACUCACGUUCAGCUCUUCUGUCACUUCUGUACACUUUAGAAAUUAAGGUGCUUCACGCUGCCACAGAAGAGCCAUUUUUCCGCUAAAUGAUUGCUUAAAAAACCUUUAAAGGGGAGAUAAAUCUGACUUCAUGUUUAAGUGCAAUAAUUGGGCCCCCAGUGCUUCUAUCAACCUAGAAAAUAUGAAAAAUAUCAACACAGUAACUUAGUUUUGGUAAACCAUUCUCUGCAAGCAUGUGAAAAAAUAGCUCAUUGAAAUAUGGCUCCGCUUGUGAUGUCAGAAGGGGAUCUUAUUAUAAUAAUACCGCAACUUAAUCUGCACUAUCCAACCACAGCACUACCAUUUAGUGAAGAGAGAGAGCGAGAGAAAAUAAUUGACAGCACUUGAGGUUCAACAAAUCACCAUUAUGGCGAUCAGUGUUUGCAUUAGCAUUAG